AUGAAUAAAGUCAGUGAUCUGACCGCUUGCAGCCUGUUUGUCGGUCACAAGUAUCGUUUUCCUUUUCGGAAAAUUCCCUUGAGUUUGCGUGAAAUUUUCAAAGGAUGCAUUACAAAGGAGUACGCCAAAGUAAUCAGUUUUCAUCGAGAAAUAUCCAAGAACAGAAAAGAACCUCAGCUUUGCCAAGCUGAAGAAGCUGUCUCGAUGCAAAUCAAAGAUGCGCAGGUCAUAUUGCUCGUCCUGUUGGACUGGUUUGUUCAAAACAACGUUGGUAAGCAUCUUCUUGUGGCGUACUGGGGACAAAACAGCUCAGGAAACGACUUUCCAAAUAAUCCUGAGAAAGAACUGAAAGAUGUCUGCGCCAAACGGAAGUACGACAUUAUUGUGAUUGGAUUUGUGGUGACUUUCUUUGGAAAAAAUAACAAAGAUGAGAUGCCGGAGGUGAAUUUUUCUGGUCACUGUUGGGAACCUGCAUCACCGCAACUCCCAAACCUUUAUAGGUGUCCCAACAUCGAAGAGGGCAUCAAAGCUUGUCAGCAGAUGGAGAAGAAAGUUUUAAUAUCGCUUGGAGGAGCAACAGGCAAAAAUGACCUGACAGAUGAGAAAGCAAAAGUGCUGGCUAAAAAUCUCUGGGAUCUGUUCCUUGGAGGAAAGGAAAGAUCCGACAUCAGGCCAUUUGGAAGUGCAAUUCUCGACGGUAUCGACCUGGACAUCGAGGACGCCAAGUCAGAAGGCUAUGCUCAGCUGGUAAAAAGUCUUCGAGAUCUGGAGGACGGCUCGAAAAAGUAUCUGAUUACUGGUGCUCCUCAGUGUGUAUAUCCUGAUGCAUCUCUCGGCCCCUCCGAGGGUACUGCCCUGACUGACCAGGGAGCCCAGUUUGAUCACGCCUACGUGCAGUUCUAUAACAACUUCUGCCACACUGGCGACCAAGCACAAUUCUAUCCAACUAUGGAUAAGUGGCUUCAGUUUGCAUUCGAAGCUACCCGAGGAAUAAUACUGAAGAGAACUGCGGAGGUUUUCGGGCCCAAGAUAUUUGUGGGGAUGCCGUCUCACCCAGGGGGUUCAGGAGAUCCCAAGUAUUACCGGACGCCUCAGGAGGUGGCCGCGAUCUAUGAGAAACUAAAGGAUAAGCCAAACUUUGGAGGGUUCAUGCUAUGGGAUGCUUCUUGGGAUCAGCAAAAUGUCAUUCAAGGAAAAGUCUAUAGCGACCACAUUGCGGACAUUAUCAGCGAGAGCGGCAACUCGGGGAAACCGACAGGAGUCCCAACCACAGCUACACCUGGGUACACCCCAACAUCGGAUGGAUCGAUUACCCCUGGGGAAACUUUACCUCCGACAACUCCUGGUGGGUCUCCACCUCCGACAGCCGGAGGUUCUACGCCUUCUACCUUACCCGUUGUUCCUACGUCUCCACCAUCCCCAGGGGGAGGUAAUGGUCUUGAUUUUUGCAAAGGAAAAGAAGAUGGGGACUACAGAGAUCCGGAUAAUCCCUCGGGAUACAUAUCCUGUUCCGGGGGAGUGACCCACAAGAGAAAGUGUCCCCAAGGGCUCGUUUGGAAUGAAGAGGGAAAGUACUGUGAUUGGCCAAAGAAACUUAAAUCGAACACAAGGGGGAACCAACGUCCUUUCUAUUUCAAGGCUCUGAAGCACCCAGCAAACGUGAUUCAAGUCUUGAAGAAGCGAACGAACGAAGGAAGAGUCGGACGCGGAAGGAAAAUGAACGAAUGGAAGAACACAAGAAAUACUGAAUGAAUCAGUCACGGAAAGAACUGAUAACAAUUGAAAGGACUCAAAGUAUCUCCUCCUGAAAUAAAUCAUGUU